AUGGUGGACCAGUCCCUGCCCCAUGGUGGACCAGCCCCUGCCUGGGACCAGCCCCUGCCCCAUGGUGGACCCCUGCCCCAUGGUGGACCAGCCCUGCCCCUGGUGGACCAGCCCUGCCCCAUGGUGGACGCCCUCAUGGUGGCCAGCCCUGCUGGCCAGCCCAUGGUGGACCAGUCCUGCCCAUGGUGGACCAGCUUCCUGGUGGACCAGCCCCUGCCCCAUGGUGGACCAGCCCUGCCCCAUGGUGGACCAGCCCCUGCCCCAUGGUGGACCAGCCCUGCCCAUGUGGACCAGCCCUGCCCCAUGGUGGACCAGUCCCUGCCCAUGGUGGACCAGUCCUGUCCAUGGUGGACCAGCCCCUGCCCCAUGGUGGACCAGUCCCUGUCCAUGGUGGACCAGUCCGCCCCAUGGUGGACCAGCCCUGUCCAUGGUGGACAGUCCCUGCCCACGGUGGACCAGCCCCUGCCAUGGUGCCAGCCUGCCCUAUGGUGCAGCCUGCCCCAUGGUGGACCAGCCCCUGCCCCACGGUGGACCAGCCCUGCCCUCAGUGGACCAGCCCCUGCACGGUGGACCAGCCCCUGCCCACAGUAG